AUGGCGGCGCCUACGGAAGUCGAUCUGCUUGGUGCAGCGGUGGAGAAGCUGCUGCUUUCAAAGGAGGAAUCAACUGGCGGAGCGCAGGAAAAGCGUACGGAUACGGGUUCGAACACCAGCCGAAUCCAGCCGUCUAUUACGGGUAUCACGGAGGAUGGGCAGACUGGCAAGGGCAACAGCAGGAAUGGGACUCGUCGUACCCGCCGCCUCGACCGCAACCUCGCCCUGGACAAUGCCGCCAGCUACAUCCCGCCACACCGCCGCGUGAAGGCUCCGCAGGAUCCAAAGGAGACCGGUAUGGGUAUGGCGCCACGCCAGAGCGCUGCGGAUGAAAAGGAUUCCUGGCAAGGAAACAGCGAAGAUUAUGCAGCUCCCACGACUCGGUCUCAGACAGGUUCCCUGAAGAAACCGAUCCCAAAACAGCAAAAGACUGCUCCGCGCUCACAGCUGCAAUACCGCGAGGGGGAUUCACCAGAGGCCAUAGUGGCCGGUACAACCGUGAGAGUCCGCACUGGACCUUGCAUCAAUCUUACGGGCUUGGUCACAAGGGCCACCCAAAACGGCGCCGAUGUCAAAAUGGAGUCGAAGAGCAAGACUAUGAACUUCAGCAAAAAGAUCCUGGACCUCGUCGAUCCUAGCUCCGUUGCGUCUAGAGACGACUUGCCUAUGGAAGGGCAUGGACAGCAGGCGCCGGUGAGCUGUCAGCAACCGGUCUACCCCAAUUCUGGACUGGUUGCACCRUCGCCACUGCAAUACGCAUUGCUGGCCUGUCCAUCCAAGCAGUCGUCCCCACCACAUGCCUUUGAUACCACAGCGCUACCAGCUCGUCAUCCUCAGGGAGCGUCUUCCAUGCCAGCUCAGAGAGCAUCUCCACUUCCUUCCUCUCCUCCAGGACCCGGGCGUCGUUCUGGCCAGCCAAAAGUCUUUGCGGUCCCGAGACCGAUACCCACCCAUGCCUACAUGAUGACUGCUCAUCAGCCACCGGUCUACUCGAGCGUCUCCUGCCCGUUGCUCGUCAUCCUCGAUCUCAACGGCACUCUCCUCUUCCGAAAGAACAAAGGCUCCAACUUCCAGCCCCGUCCUCAUCUCGACGAGUUCUUGGAAUACCUCUUUUCAGAGCACGUGGUCAUGGUUUGGUCGUCAGCAAAACCGUACAAUGUAAUCAGCAUGUGUCAAAAGUUCUUCACCCCGGAGCAGUUCAAGAGUGUGGCGGCAAUUUGGACCCGCGACAACCUCCGCCUGAGUCCGGAAGCAUACACGUCGAAUACUCAGGUCUACAAGCAACUGUCUUGGGUUUGGAGCGAUCCGARCAUUCAGGCCAAGAUGCCGGUGUUCAAUUGUCACUGGGAUCAAUCGAAUACCAUUCUCCUCGAUGACAGCGUCGAGAAGUCCGCCAGCGAGCCCUUCAACCUGCUCAAGAUUGAGGAAUAUGAGGCGAGACCUGAUCAGGCGAAUGAGGACGUUCUUCCGCAGGUGGCGAUCUAUCUUGACACUCUUCGAUCUCAGCGCGAUGUGAGUGCAUAUAUGAGGACUCAGCCAUUCACGCACGCACGUUCGAUGCCUCGAGCGGCUGCGGAGGCUAUCCAAGCAGCGCAGUGCGGUUUCGCCUAG